GGCAGUUUCAUCUAAGUAGUAGUAAAAGCCAAAAUUUGGAAACGAUAUAAAAAUCAAGAGCAAGAAGAACAAGAUGUCCGACAUUGUUCGUGCCCAUGCAGCAGGUCGUGCUCAUCUGCCACGGUCUCAGGAAGUAGAGACGUGUGAUAUAAUGCCAGGUUCAACGGCGCCGCCCCCGUCGGGCGCAACCACAAUCUGCAGACGAAGCACGAAAAGAACCUCUACUUUCCGUUGGACGAUUCUAUCGUUCCCAGCAACGCUGCUCUACCAGCAGCUUUUCAGUCCGCUAACGAGCGGAAUCGGUAUCAACAACGAGCCACCGCCGAAGAAGCCCAAGAAAACGUACAGUGUGUGGCGGGAUUUCGACGACAAGACGACAAUCAUUGUCCCUGAGGUUCACAUCCUGAGCGAGCACAGCGUGGCCAAACACGAGCGGGAUGAUGAAAAUGGGGACAAGGAAGAAAAAGAAGCGUACAUAUCCAGUGCUAAAACAUCGUACUCGUACGACCCAUUGCAGUUUUUGAAUGACAGACACAGAUCUGCAUUCUAUUUCCACCUGUACCUCGUUUUGCAUGACAGAUUUUAUGUUUUUCCCUCUCACGGUUUUUUUCAUGCAAAGCAAUGUACAAUUACGAGUAUGAUAGUACUUUUGCGAAAAUGCAUAGUAUAACAAAGACAACAAUGUGCGCGAGGAGGACGAGGAGAGAACAAGCGAAGAAGAGAAGGAAGACGAGGACAAGAAUUCUGACGAAAACCUACAUGAUGGGAAACGUCAUUCAGACGCUCAUGAGGGCCACGACGCGGGCUUUACAGCGGUGGAUUUCUUCACGGACAUUGUGGAUCGGCACGCGAAAGAUACCAUAGAGCCGAAGGUGUACCGUGUACGGAGGUGAACGAAGUAGAUCUUUCUCCCCUCGUGGUCGUCCCUCUCAUUUUUCGGCCGUGUCGUUUGCAUGCCAAGCCUCUUCACCUUGCUCAGGGUCGUUUGGCCGUGUUUGCAUUUUUGCAAGCUCGGGACGAACAAAAAAGUAGACCCCAUCUACGCUAGAACAGGCCAAGCAUGGACUUGUCAUGCAAGCGAAAGCGUUGCAUUUUGUUUUUCGGUCUGUCAGCUCAUUUGUGUUGCUAAGCAACAUGCCCCUCGAGGAGGGGUCCGCCGUUUCCCACUGUUAUACCGUGGCGUCUUCCUGCACAACCCGGAAGAGUGGACUGAUGAAAACAUCCGCAAGGUCGCCGGGAAGGAGAGGUUUGACCAGGUCGAGACGGAGAAGAAGGAAACGCGCAACGCACUCCCGAUGGAGAGGAUGAAAAUCUCCAAGUUUCUGGACCUCUACUAUGACAGUGGACAGUCCGCUCACAUUGCUUCCAAAAUGUUGUCAUGCAGAAUGCAAUCAUGUUUAUGUUAAAUAAAAUUCCCGAAAAUGAACUGUUCACCGUUAUACCUGCGACGCCAGCCACACGAACUACACCGAGCGACUGGCGGCGUACGCCGAGAAGGCGGACAGCACCCGGAACAAAAAGGAGCGGCGGAAGGAAAAAGCGGCCUUGAAGAAGCAGAACCUGUACGCGGUCGCCGGACUGGCCAACCACCCGAAGACGUUGCAGAAACUGCUGAAAUUUCCCAAAUUCCUCGAGUGCAACGUGUUCCUGCGGAAAACCUUGCGUGAGGCCAUUCUAUGGUGGAGCAGCGGGGGCACCGAGUCGGUCAUACACAACGACGGCGACGACAACUUGAAUUGCGCAAUCGACGGGAGUAAGGAAUUCAUGAUUUGGGAACCCGCGUUCGAGUAUCCGUCGGUAACGAAUCGCCGAAAUUGUUUGGUUUUUUUUACCAAAAGCAAAUAACAGCACCAUGGUAUUUGCAAAAAAUUGAUUAAGAUGUACUUAAGUGUAAAAAACAACAACCUCCUCCACGAUUCGUGUUUUUCCCCAGCAUACCGAAACCAAGUUCAUGGACUCUCCGGACGGGCAUCCGUUUUACACCAAUCACGACUAUGGCUGGCUCGACGUGGAGCAGAUGUGCCACCGGUACGACGACCCGAAGCAUCAUGAGUACGAGAACACGAAGGGAAAACACGACCCCGCCCGCUUCAUCAGCCACGAGGAGUGCGAAACCAAGUUCAAAAAGGCCUACGGCUCCUUCGCGGGCCGCAUUUCCGCCUCCAACAUGACCAAGAAGCAGUACACAGCCUGGAAAAACAUCCCGCUGAAGCGGUACCGGACCAGAAUCGAGCCGGGGGACUGUCUGUUCAUCCCGAAACGGUGGCUGCACGUGGUGAAAACCAUCGGCGAAGCCCAGCGCACGAUUAACGUCAACAUCUGGUUUGCCCGGCUGCUGGCGGACACCAAGAAGCUGGACCAGGAGAACGUGGAGACCCGCGCCCUCGUCGAGCGGGCCUGCGAAAUCCCGCAGAAGAUUGAGGAACGCAUGGAAAAAAACGCGGCCAAACUAGCGAAGCGGUUGCAGAAGAGUAGGAAGGAACAAGCGAAAUCCAACGGUGGUCGCGCAGGUGAAGAUGAUGCCACGGUGUCGAAAAAAGGUCGUACUAAAGACGAGCACAGCGAAGAGGAAGAGGACGAGGAUGCGACCGAGCAGGAAGAUAUAGAACCGUUCCUGCGGUUCUCCGACGUGAAAUGGCCGUCGGAGGCGGAGUAUGGAUUGCAAAAGUAUCGUACUAGUAUAAAUCGCAAUGCAAAUUUUUCCAGAAGGAAAAAUGGAAUUUGCAGUGCUGAUUUCGCUAAGAAACAAGAUUUGUCAUGCAUGAUUGCAAUUAGUACGAGUACGAUACUUUUGCACAGGAUACGGAGGGCGCUCUGCCGACCCAGGUGAUGCUGUCGACGCGCCAGCCCGUGCGCCCAAUCUUGCGCGAGGGCCAGGAGUAUGUCAGCAAAAAGCAGUACAAGAAGAAGCGCGGCCACGAGGAGGACACCUCGGAAGAUAUCCUGUGCAAAAGUAUCGUACUUCUAGUACGGAUAAAUCGCAUGACAAAUUUCCGUAGCAUGAAAAAUAGAAUUUGUAAUCGGAGACUUACCUAGCUAUGAAAAAGAUGUAAUGCGUGACUGCGAUUAGUACGACUACGACUAUGAGUGCGGUACUUAUGCAAUGCAUAGAGAAGUCGGCCGAACAAGGGGACGAUGCGGAGCUCGACUUUGAAGUGCAUGUCCUGCGUAUCAGACUGCACAAAUCCCAGUCGUCCCCCUCAUUUGUCAUGCAAAACAUCAAGCCCAUUUGAUUUUCCACUUGGAGCCCGUGGGCACUGGUGUCCGCAUAAUAAGUUUCGGAGCGCCGGCGCCACAAACAAGUAUCAUUUACAAUUCCAAUUCGUGCGCAGAUUUGUCAUGGGGAAGCUGCUGCAUUUGUGGCGUUGCAGCUUCUGUUGCUGGUCAUGCAUCUCGCCAAAUCAGGCUCAGGGGGCGCCGGAGUUGUGCCGUUUCAUACUGGGGACGGGACACCCUGGCAUGCAGCGGGAGGAGCUGUGAUGGACCAAGAAGAAAACAACCUCCCGAUACCAGAAGUGAACACAAAGAUGGAGGAGCUUCUGGUGCUUGAUGCUGGCUGUGUUGGUUUGCUUUCGCAUUUGUACUGCUCAUGAUCUACAUCUACUAACUUGUUCAGUCGUUCCUAGAACCACAAAGUUUUAUCGAACCAGCCCGGUUCUCUGGCCAUCUGCGGCAUUUUUUGGAAAUCUGGUGGAAACCAUAUAUCAUCAAUGAAGUAGUAGACCGCAGCUGCGCCCUGUGCCCUGCUGAAUGAUGUUUAUUCUGAUGUGCACUUAACUGCGUGAUCACAGUCGUCGGUUUACCUGGCGCGGAUGGUUCACAUGGAACUUUUUGGUUUUCAUUUUUUUGCAAAGAAGAUUAAUUUGCAGCAAAAAGAAGUAGGAGUGCCAUUUUGCUGUACUCGAGAU